AUGUCGAGCCGACCAGAAUUGAAACUCGACGAUGAGGUCGGGUUCAUCAAGACAUUUCACCAACUGGAAGCGAACAAAAAUGACGAGACCGUCCGCAUCUUCGAUCGUGGCGACUGGCUCAGCGCCCAUGGCGAGGAUGCAAUGCUCAUUGCACGAGUCCAGUACAAGACUACUUCCGUCGUGAAGACUCUAGGCCGAAGUCCAGGACUACCUUCUGUCACCAUGACAUGGACGGCGUACAGAAGUUUUCUUCGUGAGGCAAUCUUCCGCCUGGGCAAGCGCAUUGAGGUUCUCCAGACUACAGGCAGAAACCAGUGGAAGGUAGCAAAACAAGCAUCCCCAGGCAACCUGCAAGACAUCGAGGACGAGCUCGGUGGUCACAUCGAUUCUGCGCCAAUCAUCUUAGCGGUUAAGGUUUCUGCCAAAGCCACCGAAGCACGUCAAGUCGGCGUAUGUUUCGCUGAUGCAAGUGUCCGAGAGCUGGGCGUGAGCGAGUUCGCUGACAACGACAUCUACUCAAAUUUCGAGUCUCUCCUCAUUCAGCUUGGCGUCAGAGAGUGCCUGAUCCAGAUCGAUGGCACGAAGAAAGAUGCCGAGCUGCACAAGCUUAAGGUCAUUGCAGACAACUGUGGUUGUGCUGUAUCUGAAAGACCCCAAAGCGAUUAUGGAAACCGCGACAUCGAGCAAGACCUGACAAGACUGCUACGAGAUGAACGCGCAGCUGGAACGCUUCCGCAGACCGAUCUCAAGCUCGCAAUGAGUUCCGCUGCGGCUCUGAUCAAAUAUCUCGGCGUCAUGUCAGAUCCUACCAACUUCGGCCAGUAUCAGCUAUACCAACAUGACUUGAGUCAGUACAUGAAGCUGGACUCUUCGGCGCUAAAGGCACUGAACCUGAUGCCCGGACCCAAGGAUGGAUCCAAGACAAUGAGUCUCUUCGGCCUGCUCAAUCAUUGCAAGACUCCAGUCGGCAGUAGGCUGUUAGCUCAGUGGCUCAAGCAACCGCUCAUGAAUAUCGAAGAGGUUGAGCGAAGACAGCAGCUCGUGGAAGCUUUCGUGAGCGAUACGGAACUUCGGCAGACCCUGCAAGAGGAACAUAUGCGCUCGAUACCAGAUCUCUAUCGACUUGCGAAGAAGUUCCAGCGAAAGAAGGCUAAUCUUGAGGAUGUUGUCAGAGCGUACCAAGUUGCUAUCAGACUGCCAGACUUCAUUGGCACGUUCGAAGGGGUCAUGGACGAAGUGUAUAAAGAUGCACUAGACACAGAGUACACGGACAAGCUUCGCUCAUUUUCAGACAGCUUCUCGAAGCUUCAGGAAAUGGUUGAGACGACUGUCGACCUCGAUGCACUCGACAAUCACGAAUUCAUCAUCAAGUCUGAGUUCGAUGAUGGCCUUCGUAUCAUUCGCAAAAAGUUGGACAAAUUACGCUACCAAAUGGAUGCCGAGCAUCGUGCAGUCGCUGAUGAUCUCAACCAAGACCCAGAGAAGAAGCUUUUUCUGGAAAACCACAAAGUGCAUGGAUGGUGCUUCCGUCUGACCAGGACUGAAGCUGCAGCCAUUCGCAACAAAAAGCAAUACCAGGAAUGCUCGACACAGAAAAACGGCGUCUUCUUCAGUACGACCAAGAUGACAACCUAUCGAAGAGAACAUGAUCAACUGUCGGAGAACUACAAUCGCACCCAAAGCGGUCUUGUCACAGAAGUAGUAAACGUGGCUGCUUCGUAUUGCCCAGUGAUUGAAAAGCUCGCAGGCGUGCUCGCGCAUCUGGAUGUUAUCGUCAGCUUCGCUCAUGUUUCAGUACACGCACCGACAGCAUACGUCCGUCCCAAGCUACACCCGCGAGGGACUGGCAACACGAUACUGAAGGAGGCUCGCCACCCAUGCAUGGAGAUGCAAGAUGAUGUGUCCUUCAUCACCAACGAUGUGUCCCUCCUGCGCGGAGAAUCAGAGUUCCUCAUCAUCACUGGGCCAAAUAUGGGCGGCAAAUCCACAUACAUUCGCCAGAUUGGUGUCAUUGCGCUCAUGGCACAGAUUGGAUGCUUUGUGCCGUGCUCGGAAGCUGAGCUCACACUCUUCGACUGCAUUCUUGCUCGGGUAGGUGCAAGCGAUAGUCAGCUCAAAGGUGUCAGUACCUUCAUGGCAGAGAUGCUUGAGACUGCCAAUAUUCUCAAGACAGCUACCCGCGAAUCUUUGGUCAUCAUUGAUGAGCUCGGCCGUGGCACGAGCACGUACGAUGGCUUCGGUCUUGCCUGGGCGAUUAGCGAGCACAUCAUUAAGGAGAUUGGCGCUUUCUCGAUGUUCGCCACGCAUUUCCACGAGCUCACGGCACUGAACGAGACGUACUCGCAAGUCCAGAACCUACAUGUUGUGGCACAUAUCGGCGACGCAGAUGGGGAUACUUCGAUGAAAGAUGACAGCACUAGCAACUCACGUCGUCGAGAAGUUACACUCCUCUACAAAGUCGUUCCAGGCAUCAGCGACCAGUCCUUCGGCAUACACGUCGCCGAGCUCGUUCGCUUCCCACAAAAGGUCGUGAACAUGGCCAAGCGGAAAGCAGACGAACUGGAAGACUUCUCCGGCAAAAAUGAAGAUGUCCAGCAUGUGCAAGCCAGCAAGCAAGAAGUCGAGGAUGGUAGCAGAAUGCUCAAGGAAGUGUUAGUGAAAUGGAAAGAGCAGGUUGAAGCCGAGAACCUGAGCAAAGAGGCGCAAGUGCAAAGGAUGAAGGAUCUAGUUAUGGGCAACGAGGCGUUGCUUGCUAACCCGUUCUUUCAGAGCGUCAAGGCGCUGUAG